GAUUUUUCUAACCAGAUUGCACAAGCCGAAAACUCCAGUAUUUAAAGGCCACUCCUGCUUAAAUGCUGUGUAAGGUGACACACUCUGAUAAGGUUUCAGAAAACCACAUCAUAGCAGAUACUGAGAAAAGAGAUGGAUAAGGAGAAUGGAUCAAACAGGUGGGAAGGCUAUGCAAACUGGAGAAACGGACCAGCCAUUAGAGGCCGUCAGGGUGGUGCACUUGCAGCUUCUUUUGUCCUUGCGGUCGAAGUCCUGGAGAACCUAGCAUAUCUGGCCAAUGCAAGCAACUUGGUUCUCUACCUGACAAAGUUCAUGAACUUUUCUCCAUCUGCCUCAGCAAAUACAGUUACGACUUUCAUGGGGACUGCUUUCCUCCUUGCUCUAUCUGGUGGCUUCUUGUCUGACUCCUACUUCACUACCUACUCAAUCUAUCUAAUAAGUGCAACAAUAGAGCUUCUGGGUUUAGUGAUUCUCACUGUGCAAGCUCAUAUUCCGUCCCUGAAACCACCCAUCUGCAAGUCAUUCAACAGAAACGUCUCGUGUCAGGAAGUUGACGAGGGCAAGGCAGCACUUUUAUAUGUAGGCCUUUACUUGGUUGCACUGGGUGUUGGUGGAAUUAAAGGCUCACUUCCUCCUCACGGAGCUGAGCAGUUUGAUGAGCAUACUGCAGAAGGAAGGAAACAGAGAUCAUCAUUCUUCAAUUACUAUGUAUUCUCCCUCUCCUGUGGAGCAUUAGUUGCUGUAACAUUUGUGGUGUGGAUUGAAGAUAACAAAGGCUGGCAGUGGGGUUAUGGAAUUGCCACUGCAGCCAUAUUGAUCUCUAUACCAGUUUUCCUCCUCGGAUCAGCUAGAUACAGGAUAAAAAUUCCCACAGGAAGUCCUAUCACAACCAUGAUUAAGGUUUUGCUAGCUGCAACGUACAAGUCAUGGAUUUCAAGGAAAACAAAGAAUGCUAUUGACAAUGUGAGCAGAACUCCAUCAAGUUCAGCAGAGGUGACAGAGGAUGAAGAGCAUGGAGCAGGAAAGGACGAAAUUCAAACCGUCACAGAAGAUCUCAGGUUCCUCAACCGAGCAUUAGAUGCCGCACCAGCCCAACCAAGACUUCACUGCACCACAAAACAGAUAGAAGAUGUUAAAUCAGUCCUUAAGAUCCUUCCCAUAUUCAUGUCAACAAUUAUUCUUAACUGCUGCCUUGCUCAGCUUUCCACCUUUUCGGUCCAACAAGCAGCCACCAUGAACACCAAAAUUGGAUCUUUAAAAGUCCCACCAGCUUCCUUGCCAGUAUUCCCUGUACUCUUCAUAAUGAUACUUACCCCACUCUACAACCAUAUCAUAGUCCCCUUCUCCAGAAAGCUGACCAACACCGAGAUGGGAAUCACACAUCUUCAACGAAUUGGGACCGGCCUAGUCCUCUCUAUCCUGGCCAUGGCCGUAGCAGCACUGGUGGAGGUGAAAAGGAAGCAGGUGGCGACACGAUCAGGCCUAAUAAACUCAAAGGAGCCUCUACCAAUCACAUUCCUUUGGGUGUCUUGGCAAUACGUAUUCCUCGGGUCAGCUGAUCUUUUCAGCUUGGCAGGCCUGAUGGAUUUCUUCUUCACAGAGGCCCCAUUCAGCAUGAGGUCAUUAGCAACCUCCCUAUCAUGGGCCUCACUAGCAAUGGGAUAUUAUCUCAGCUCAGUGCUAGUGAAUGUGAUCAACUGCAUCACAGGCGCCUUCCAUCAUACACCAUGGCUCCAUGGCAGCAAUUUGAACCACUAUCACUUGGAAAGAUUCUACUGGUUCAUGUGCAUCCUAAGUGGCUUGAACUUCCUGCACUAUCUAUUUUGGGCACAGCGCUACAGCUACAGAACAUCGGAGCCUUGCAAUCAUAUGGAGAUUCAAAAUCAGCACCAGUCAUCUGAGGCUUGAGACCAUGAUCUGAAUCUAGCUACUAAUAGAAUUGAGAAACUAAACUAUGCAAUGAUAUAUAAAUAUCAACAUUGUUUUCAUAUGAGUAUUGUAUUUGUAUUGAAAGCAUAGCAAAUUAAUGUUACUACUAUUUGUGUUAAA